AAGAUGGCGAGUUUUCUCUUUUGUAGCAAUCCACUUAACUUGUCUGAAUAUUUCGCACGCAUCGCAUGCUCUACUUAUGGAAGGUGAUGUUUGUUUAUUGUGUUACCAUGGACAGCUGUCCUAGAGACUGUUAAAAGGCUUGUGAAUGAUCCGAUUAGCCAGAAAGUAGGUGUGAACAAGAAGAGUCCGGGUGUCUGGUCUCCAGCAGUCGUUAAAAACGUAGAUUACAAGUCUUUGAUUAGGAAGGUGACGUACCAAGCACUACCGCUGAUCGCGCGCCAGGACAAGGACCAGCAGCUAACAUGGGAUUUAAGAAGCCUCACAUCGCUGUUGUCUUGGGUCUCGUCGCCUUAUUCGUCGCGCUCAUAUUUCAAAUCAUCGCCGUGGCAGCUACAGGCUGGUACAAACAAAAAUAUAGUGAAACCACCUACGGGCUCUGGGGCAUUUGUACUUCGGCUACUUGCGCUGACUACACGUCGGUGUCUGAUACAAUCAAAGCUACUCGCGCCUUUGCCCUCCUCGGCCUUAUUGUCAUCAUCUUUGCUCUCGCCGCUGGCAUCCUCAUCAUGUUUAUUGAUAAGAAAGUGAUGAAUAUAAUUGCUGGCGGAGUAGCUAUCGCUGCAGGUGUAUUUGUGCUGAUCGGUAUUGGCAUCUUUCUUGGCACCUAUCUUCACGAUACAAUUAUUGCGAAUACUCUGCAGUACUACCAGCUGUCCUACUGCUUCGCUUUGACAGUUGUCGCCUUUGUCUUAUGCAUCGCCUCUGGCAUCGCCUUCAUCCUCCCAAACAUCCUUUGAGGACCCUGGAUUACGUAUCCUACCUCAUUCCCUCAAAAUCUUAGCAAAGCAUAUAGCAUAGAGCAAAUCGAGACAUUCAUUCUUUGAAAGAAUUGAGAGAAGAGAUAUCCACCUUUUUGUUUUUACUCGGAUGUUAUUUUCUCGCUGUUGCACAAUAAACUUGUUG